UAUUGUCACUCAGUACGUUUUUAGUUCGCUACAAACCAGAAAGAUGAUGUGGUUGAAUGAUUCCAAAGCGCACGUGCUCGAUGAUUCUGACUUGGACAGUGUUAGUAGUGGUGAAGAACUACCCAUUUGGGUUCGAGGAGAGCAGCGAUGGGUUUCGGGAAUAUCUGAAGAAACAACCUGCCAGGACGUAGUUCGAGUUUUAUUACAAGAUGAGGAGAGGCGAGGCAGACCGAUCAGUGCAUCACAAAGAUACCAAAUAACUGAAAGAUGGCGGGGUGUGGAACAACCUUUGGAUGAAUCUUCAAGGAUUUUGAAUAUUUGGAACGCCUGGGGAACAGCUCAAUCAGAGGUAAAAAUCUCUUUACGAAGAGUGAAACACGAAUCCCACAGACCUCCGAGUAGAAGAACACGUUGUAGGUCGGAUUCAAGUACAUGGUCGGAUAAAAGCGUUUUGAAAACGAUACAUCCCAAAAGAUUACAAGCCCUCCAGAAUGAAAGGCAACCAUCUAGCACUGAAGAACUCCUUAAGUUGGUCUUGGCCCAAGGGGAAGUAAUAAGAAGGCAACUCAAGAAGUUAAGGCAUAGUGAACAUCAGAUAGGAAGCUUGGAAGACAAAACACACAGAGCUAGGGUCAGGAAACAUGGAAGCAAUUACUUAUUGGAAACUUACCUGAAGGGACUAUCAGAAGCUGUCGAUCCAGAACAGGACGAUACACUGGGUGCAGAUAAAAAUAGCGACAGUGGUGUCAUGACCGAAGGAGAUAGUGAACAGUCUAAUAACAAUAAUCCAAAGUCAUCUAGAACCACAGAGGCACACUUCGAGCGGUUUUCGCCAUCUUCAGAAGAAUUCGCCAAAGACAUAAAAGAUGAUGACACCAGCUCUACGGUUAGUGAAUCAACGAUGAAAGAACAACUCGAUCUUUACGAAAAAAUAUCCAAACUCAACAAACGCCUCUUGAGGGAGGAAGAGAGUUUAGUUAGGCUUGAUUCUAAUUUGAAAAAAUAUGACAAAGAAAAACUUGACAAGGAUGAUGUCAGUAAAACGUUAACAAAGCUCAGGACGGAGAUGACCAAGAGUGCGUGCGAAAUGCAGCACAACGAAAUAGUUCUAGAAGAAACCAUAGAGAAGUUGGAGAACAGGCGGUUAUUUCUUGAAAAUCUUCAUAGAGAUUUAGCGAGUGAAGAUCAGGAAUAUGAAAUGCUACAAACUUUACUGUUCAGUAAGACCCAACAGUAUGAAAAAGAGAAAAAACAUAAAUCACAUCAUAUUUACCGAACCAAAGAAUUAUUAGAUACCCUCGUUUGACGAAGUUCACAUCUUCAAUACAGACAUUUGACGAUUUUUGAUAGAAAUGUCUCUCAUCGAUUUAAUACCAAAUAUUGUGUACCUAAUAGCUUUAUUAUUAACAUUAUCAUUAGUGGAUUUGAAAUUGUGAAAAAUUUGUUAGUUGUUGAGAUUAUUUGUAAUAUAUUUUUUAAUAAUACACCAGAG